AUGACAAUUUUUAAUUUCUAUCUCUUUAAUAGAGAUGGUGUCUGUAUCUUCUAUAGAGAAUGGAGAAGAGACAAACAAUCAGGGAUGCCGAGAACAGAGGAGUUUAAGCUGAUGUUUGGAAUGCUUUUAUCACUACGUUCAUUCGCAGAGCGACUUUCAAGUAAAGAUGGGCAACAACUUGUUCGAUAUUUCAAAACGUCAUCAUAUCGAAUGAAUUAUAUGGAAACACCAACGGGCCUUAAAAUGGUCAUGAACACUGAUCCAUCGGCAGUAGGGAUCCCUGAGCUCAUAAGAGCGAUUUAUCAGAUCUAUGUGGAUACUGUUAUGAAAAAUCCUUUGAUUGAUACGUCGACGCAAAUCACUAGUGAUCUCUUCGCUACUCGAGUUGAUCAGCUCGUAUGUGGUCAUUCAUCCUAUAUUUGA